AUGUCGUCGGCCACCUCCUCCGCCGCCGCCGCCGCCGGCGGCGGUACCGAAGGAAGCGGGGGUGCGGAGGAGCGCGGGGAGAUCGCGUACGUGAGCUACGGCGGAGAGCAGCACCUGCCGCUGGUGAUGUCGCUGGUCGACGAGGAGCUCAGCGAGCCCUACUCCAUCUUCACCUACCGCUACUUCGUCUACCUCUGGCCACAGCUCACCUUCCUGGCGUUCGAUGCCAGGGAUGGCAAGUGCGUGGGGACGGUCGUGUGCAAGAUGGGGGAGCACAGGGGUGCAUUCAGGGGCUACAUCGCCAUGCUCGUCGUCCUCAAGCCCUACCGAGGGAGGGGAAUAGCAACUGAGCUAGUUACUAGAUCAAUUCGGGUAAUGAUGGAGUCUGGCUGUGAGGAGGUGACACUUGAAGCAGAAGUUACUAAUAAGGGUGCCCUUGCUCUCUAUGGUCGCCUGGGGUUUAUCCGAGCAAAGAGACUGUACAGAUACUAUCUAAAUGGUGUAGACGCUUUUCGGCUGAAACUACUGUUUCCACGCCCUGAUCCUGGCCUGCCUCCAAUGAUGAUUGGCAAUGACAGGGAUGACCAGAAGAUGGAUUCUCCCUACUUGUGA